AUGGCGAUGCCGGAGCCCGUCUCCCCGGGCAGCUGGGUGCCCCCACCCAGCCCUCCCCAUCAUCCCCCCGCUAUGGACGGAUCCCUCGUCCCCGUCGGCGGAAACGUGACGGAGCCACCGGUCGGAGCCCUGGAGUCCUACUGCCGGAUGCUGCUGGAGGUCCCCGUCCCCCCAGACCAGAUCCCCUGGUUCUGUCUCUGCACACAGUGCCAGAGCACCCAGGGGCCCAAAGGAGACCCAGGAGACCGGGGACUGCCAGGUCGUCCAGGCAGCCCUGGAAAAAGAGGGAUGUUGGGGUUCAGAGGUCCUCCUGGUUUUGUGGGAAAACAAGGCGUCAAAGGACAGAAAGGGGACCAGGGGGAGAAGGGGGACAGAGGACUUCAAGGUUUUGUGGGACCCAAAGGAGACAGAGGCUUCAAAGGAGACAAAGGAGAGCGAGGUUUAGAGGGACGCCUGGGGGAUCAGGGUCCUAAAGGAGAUGAUGGAGUCUGUCCAGAGGCCUGUGAGUCCAGCCAGGGCACCCCAGGAUACCCUGGUCUGCCUGGUCCUGCAGGGCCCAGAGGUCUGGCUGGUACCCAAGGACCGCCGGGGCUCAGUGGCCUUAAGGGUGACAUGGGUGAUAUGGGUCUCCCUGGUGCUCCUGGAUCUGUAGGUGGGAAAGGAGAUCCAGGUCCACAGGGGGACUGUAACUGUACAGAUGGAGAAAAUGGGAGUCCAGGGCAGAUGGGGGACAAGGGGGACAAGGGGGACCAGGGACAGAUGGGGCUUGCUGGGCAGAUAGGGCCACAGGGGGAUAAGGGAGACAUGGGGUACAUGGGGAUGAUGGGUCCUCCUGGUCCCUGCAUGCCCAGCAUCCAGUCGGCCUUCGCUGCAGGGCUAACGUCUAGUUACCCCCCCCCAAACGCCCCUGUGGUUUUCUCCCACGUCCUCUACAACAUCCAGGAGAGUUACGACGCCAGCACCGGACUCUACACCGCACCCAUCGACGGCACCUACGUCUUCAGCUACCACCUCACCGUCCACCAACGGGUCCUCAAGGUCGGCCUCUUUCAUAACUUCGCUCCGGUCAUCAAAACCACGGACCCCAAAGUGUUAGGGACCACCUCACACACCGUCGUCCUGCAUCUGGACCGUGGGGACCGGGUCUGGAUUCAGGUGAAGGAUGUGAUCACCAACGGCAUGUAUGCCGGGGCCGAGUCAAGCAGUACCUUCUCUGGCUUCUUGCUGCACCCAGACACAUGUGAAAUGGCAUUUCUCAGAAGCCCCAUGCCCAUGAUGAGCACACUUGAGGGCAGGUACACCUGGGCCACCGCCCAACCCCCUACCUCACCUGCUGGAGGAUCCAACUAA